CAUCGAUAUUUUCGAUGCACCGAUAUUUUACUGACAUUCCUACUAGUUUGUAAACACUUGUUUUUGCCUUUGUUUAUGGGGGAAAAAUAAUUUUUUAACAAUUUGGAGCAGUACACAUAUAAACUAAGUGACGCGGAAUACACUUCGAUACCAUCCGGUCUCAAUUAACUGCGGUUAAAACAGGUCCGCUUCUUAAUCGCUAACCUAUUUUAUUACGCACAGCGUGAUCCCAGAGAUGGUUUAAUUCACACAAGGCAUCAUAGUCAAUUGGUCUAUAUAGAGAAGCUGAAGGCGAAAAUGAUUCGUCCAAUUAGACGCAGUCCAGUUUCCCAGAUUAUAUUGGAAGAAAUUGCUUUGGAGGGAUUGGAAGGAAUGACACUUUCAUUACUCUGGGCUUACUUAAGUUUAGAUUUAGAAGCACCGAUUCCAUUACCUUCAGAUGUGCUGAAUCGUGUGUGGGAUUUCAUAAAGCGCAAUACUCAUCAAUUAGAUUUUUAUGAAUUACCUACUGAGAGAGCAACAUUUCCAUUAGAAUGUCGUUUCACCUACGAAGAUCCUGAUUUUGGAGUGCCGCGUGCUUUGGAUCCUGAAAAAUUUCCGCGGUACAAGUUUGUCCCAAUUGAGGAUGGCAAAAUUCAAGGUUCCUGUGAAUUCUAUAAGGAGAGAAAACGUAUUGAAGCCACUGAAGUCAAUGAUUUGAGCGCUGAAUCUGUAUUUGACCACUGGGGUAAUCGCUUUGUUAUAGUAGCUUCACAAAAUUUACGCCUUUGCGUUCUUACACCCAGAAACAAACCGAUUCCGCGGGAUUUCACGGUAACACAAUACUGCUUUUGGGAAGCAAUUGGUCGGUCACGGUAUAAUGGCGAAACAACAUCUGGACCUCAAUCUCUCCUUACGAUGUGCAAAGAUUCCUCUGUGCUAUUUUAUAUUAAGAAUAAAUUAAUUUACUAUGGGUUGAUAGUACAACAACCAUUCCAUGAAUAUCGCGAUGAUCGCCUCUGUAAUACAGCCUUACUCAAUCUCUCGCAGUAUGUACCGGAAAUACCACGUAAUAUAACAAAUCUUCUGGAAAAAAUUUAUACUUUGGUUAAAGAAGCCCCUGGGGAAUACCUUCCGUUGGUGCAGUUGCGUAAAGCGGUUCCAUCAUUUGCACGUAAAUCGGCAUUUCGCCGUCUCGCAUUAACACCAUUUUUUCAGCACAUUUUCGAGCUGCAGAAGGUAGGUGUGGGACGAAAAACUAAUAAAGGAAAGGAUCUUAAUGUCCUUUCGAUCACUUUAAAAAACUCUGAAAAACCUGUUAACGAACUUAUUGCUGACUUUUUGGACGAGCAAAAAGAAGACGAAAACAACUUCUCGGAUGCUUAUGUUGACAAUAAGCAUGCUUUUGUAGAUAUGACAAUCAAAGAGGAAUUUUAUCGCGCAGUUUUACGACAUGGUGCUCGCGGUUGCAGUCAUACAGAACUCGCCAGUUACCUCAGUGAAUCACACUCCAUAAUACGGCAAAUGGUUAAGUGUAUGCAGCGUGAAGGACUGAUAGUAACGCAUGCCGUAGAUGAAGGGCGGCAAAGAGUUUAUAGGUUCGUGGCUUUGGAAGUAGCAAAUGCAGAGAAAGCUACUAAAACGGAAAAUUAUUCAGAACCAACUGCAAUUAUAAAGUUCAAUGAGCUACCGUCUAUAACCCAGCUUGAAGACACAUUCACUGUCGAUUGCCCACAAAUCGAAGCCAAUGUGGAAGAAGACAAGUACGAAGACAAGCAAUUUCGCGUGAUUCAUACACAGCGUCAACAGUCGCGUCGUGAUUUUAUAGUUCGCCAGCUAAACGAGCAUGCAGUCUUACAAAUGGUCAUAAUACGCCACAGAUUGUAUACAUUUGAGAAAGAACAAGGAUUAACAGAUGAGAUAUGUGCUAAGUCCAUGCGACGACUGCUUGAGGAACUUCAUAAAACCGACAAUUUAAACAUAUAUAAAGUCGUGCUUAAAUAUCAAGGGCACUUGCGCAUUUACCGUUAUGCAGCCCAUCCUGCAGUAGAUGCAAAUCACAUGUUGAUUCAGCGCGAAGUUAAGCGCUUAAAAAAUAAGCUAUUAAUAGCGAGAGAGCGUGAGGAGCAAAAAAACCGGAAUCGGCUACGUAUUUCUCGGAAAGUUUCCAAAAAGCCUCACAAAGCUGUUGCUGAGGUCAAGCCCACAAAGAUGGAAUCUACCCCCGAACAUAUGACUAAUAACAAUCUGCCUAAACCUCCAAAGUUUCUCAUAUCACGUUAUAUGCACGAAUUUCUUUUUUAUAUCGUAGUGGAGUUGAACGAACAUCAAAAUAUGUUGGAAAUAGACGAGACGUUGCUGCAAAUUUGGAAAGAAUCUGAGCCUGCAUUGCAAAUUAAUCAGUUUUUAGAAAGUUUGCAUGCUGGAGGUGAAGUGCAGCAUGCGUACACGCAGCAGAUUAGCUGGCGCGCAUUCAUAACACCUUUACCGAAUUAUGCAGACAAACCUGCUGGCUGGGUAUACUUUUUGGACGCCAUUGACCGGAUGCCGCUGUCAAUUUUUAAUAAAAUAUUUAGAUUUCAGCAAACAGAUGGCGAUAUGCUAGGUGAAUAUCUAACACAUCCUGUGCGCCAGCACUACUUGCUGCGUCAGUUACCAGUUGAAUUACAAAAUCAAAUUAAUCGCACGUAUCUUCAGCGCAUUUGUAGCUUGGUACUUAAAUUAUUGAAUCACAUGGGGUUAAUACAGGUUAAUGAAAACACUAAUUUCAAAGAUUCAAUGCAGAUAUGGGUAUAUUUGAAUCGACUUGCACAAAUCAUCGAUACCACACCAUCAGAAGCGAGCUAUGCCAAGGUCAAUUUAGCCCAGAAGUAUGAAAAGCUAGAUUUCUAUUUUUCAACAUUCGAAGAUAUUGCUCAAUACUGGAACCAGCUACAUCGUAUUUGCAUUUACACCAAACUCGGUGUUCGUAGUGCCAAACUUCAAGGGAAAUCUGAAAGGGCUAAGCUUCUACAAUUUGUGCGUAGUGUAGGCUUUGACGAAGCCCCUCAAUAUGAUAAUGGCGACGUGCCGGGUGACCGCGCAGGUGCAGCUGGUCUUGCUGCUCAAUUAUUUGCGCACACCAUGCGCGGUUGGUCAUGGGUAUUGCAUACGAACACCAAACCGAAGCAAAUACGCAGUGGACGUGCAGCGUUGUUGCGUGGUGCCAGCAGCAAACACCUGCGUCUCAUGGGUUUACGUAAGACACGCAUGCACGCAUCGCAAAUCACGCGACUGUCACAUUCGGCUACAGUAAAACGCACUACGAAAAAGAAGUCUGCCUCUAUUCGGGACGCCACUGAUCGCGAUGCGCUGAAGAAUAUGCGUACUCUACGCGCCUGCUGGACCAAGGACGAGGAUGAUUUACUGAAGCUAGCACGCGCCGUGUACAUCUAUAUAGCUGCGCCUGUACCGGUUUUGGGGCUCAUGGUAGUUGGUAAAAUUUGUCGAGACGUUAUCAGACAACAUCUGGGUAUACGCAACAAAACGUCGCAAGCGUGCCAUCGCCGCAUGCAAUAUAUCAUGAAAAAGGAUCGACAUAUUCCCGAAGUUCCCACUUGGGUGCAUAUCUUACAAACAAGCGUCGAAAUACACCGGCGUUACGGGGAAAACUUUCUGCAACAAUUGAAAAAUAUCUAUCCACAGCGCGAGGAAUACAGCGACGCUUUAGCCGUGCACUUCAUACAGAUCUUUCAUUAUUUGUAUCAAAUGGUGAACAAUAUUAGAGGUAAGGGAACUUCAGAUGCUAUGAGACCACGAUUUAUGAUACCCGACACUCUUGACGAAUUCAAGCGCCGCUUUAGUAUGCGGUCCGCAGCAACGGAUGAAAGGAUUAUGAAAUACCAAAAUCCAUGCAAUGAACAAGAAGCGCUAACAAUGCUUGCAGUUGGUGUACUGCAUAGCUCACUUUGCUCGGCGCUGGACAAGACCACUUACACGGCGCAAGCUUUUGAGAUUUUUAAAAAAUUCUCGGAAGAAAUACUGCAAAAUGCCUUCAAGAUAGCGCGUAAUGGUGCCCUGAUUGUGGCAAAUAAACGCAGGAUUCUAGAACUGCUGCCUAGUCAACUAACAAGUCCAGCAUAUUCGCUGUCGGCACAUUAUCAGCGUCGUUUGCUCUCCUUACGCAUACCGUAUUACAUUUACGACUCCCUCUUUGGAUUCUUUGAAAAUGUCGUAGCUGUUUUGAUGAAACCCAAACGGGAGCCCAUAGAACAACCCUCGACUAGUAAGCGACAUUCCAUAAGUAAUAUAGUGGAGCUAAAGUCGCCGAAUGCCGGGCAACUAUAUUUUGUCGCUGAAGGCAUGGCACGAAGUUUUUGGACUUGCAAUGUAAAAUUGCCCAUCAACAUUUUGACUGUUGACGCUGAGCAAAGGCAGACAUUGUCCUCGAUGGAUCGCAUACUCGAUCAUUAUCAUUGCAUAUUCGAUAAUGCACCUAAAACGGAGUAUACGAAGAGUUUCGAGAGUGAAGCCAACGAGAAACAGGUCCGUGUUAAAUUCCAACCAGCCAAUUUGAGCUACAAAAUCACCUACAGUCCUUAUGACUUCAUAUCCAAGUUGCCCGUUCGACAUCUACACUUUUUCUGUGCACUCGAUCACCUUAAUCAUGAGGUAGAGAUAAAUUUUAGUCGUCUGAUGCACAAAGAUGAAGAACAUGACACUUUAAGCAUCGAGUGCCCCUUUAACUGCAUCCUGAAGCAUGCCAACUAUAUCAAUGUCAUUGAACGCAUUGUUCAGGAGAAGAGAUCCAUUUUAAGGGAGCUAACAGAAAUGCCACCGCAAAAGUUAUUGAAUAUGGCCAUGAGUGGUUGUUCGGUUACAGUUGAAUCAACUAAUUUGCUAACGCUGGUGCGCAUGUUGGAGUCUUUCUGGCGCGAGAAAGAAACAGCGUACGAACGCAAAGAUCUCGGGCGCAUAUCCGCAAAUGUGAAGAUCAAUAAAUCAAUUGACUGGCAUCAGUUGUGUUGUGAGAUUUUAGAGUUCAAUGCAGCGGACGAAGAGAAUGACAAAAUUGAUGAGUAUGAACCUACACUAAAUAAGGAGGAGCGUUUGGCUCGCGCACAAGAUGUUUUUGUUGUUAAUUUGCCAACCUUGCAAUUGGAAGUGAAUAAAAAAUUGCACUUGUCCAAUAAAGAGACUGUGAUGCACAGCGGGUUGUGUGUGCCCAAGAGGUUAGUGGAAGCUGAAGUCGUUCGAGACCAGAUAUUGAGAAAGAUUGUAGAUGAAUCUCAUUGGAAGUAUACGGAUAACACUUUUGAAGUACUUAAACCUAAACUUAUCAAACUGGGUUUCACAGCUAUGGAGCAACAGCACGUAGAAGACCUACUAAAAUAUAUAGAAACGCAUAAACUAGGCGUUUCCGUAAUUGAUUUAAAGCGUGAAUUUCCUUAUGCUCAAUUUCUUUCGCGCGCCAUACGUAUUCUAUCCGAGCACUAUCUGGUCAAGCGCGUUGGAAUUGACACAAUGAUGUAUGUGCAUAAAUCUCACAUACGACCUUGGGUUGUACACACGUUUCACCUCAAACGGCUGGAACGCGAAAAAUUGGGACCGGAUGGAACAGUGACACUUAAACGAAAGAUAACCAGUGGUGACAAUAGUGAGCAUGAAAAUAUGGAUGAAGAGGGUAGCGAUGAGCCCGAAGAAGCUAGUUCCUGUAAAAGAGCUAAGUUGGCUAACGACGUCGGUGCCACUGCGGAAGAUCAACAGUUGAGUAAGCGUGUGUCAAAACCGGUAAAUCGGUUCCAGGGCGAAAAUAGAGAAGGAAAUGCCCCUGAAAAAGACCUCAAAAGAGAUGUGAUCGUAAUGAAACCCCACCCGUGGAUACGUCUGAACGGCACCAUUAAUCGGCGCGUUUUGGAUCGUUGGUUGGGAUCAGUACUCACCGAAUGUGUUAGUCGCUCGGGUUGUAUGAUUCCAGAUAUCUGCUCAAAGUUUCCUCACUUGCCAGCUGUCGAAAUAAUGUUUCUGCUUGAUAUACUAUGUGAUCUAAAGUGUAUUCAUCUAACGGAAAUUACACCCGCUUCAGCGAACCUCUUCUCAUCCUAUGACAACCUACAAGAGACUAUUGUAACCGAGUUCUAUGAUCCACAACACACUUACGUGACUGCACAUGGGGACGCCAUAACACGGAUGUCAAUAUUCAUUGGCCAUAAAAAAUACAGCCAACAAUUUUAUUAAGCUGCUUUUCAUAUUCCUAAUAUUUACUGUUUAUUUAUAUUUUUCAACUUAACGUGACCAAAAAAAAAAAAGAAAUAAAUAAUUUAUUGCCAACUAUUUGCACUGCA